GCAAUUUUGUGUGGAGAAAACUAACAAGAAAGUUUGUCUCUGCAUGCUUGCCACUUGUACCUGAUGAAACUCCAUGAUCUCACCUCUUUCACUCCUCACUCAUUCCACAUCCAAAUGUCAAGUUUUUACACAAUCUACAUCACUAGGAGUCUAGGACUUCUCACUUCAGUCUGACACCUGGGUCCUGACUCCUUUCAACUCUCUCAGCUCAGCUUCCCCAGCCAAAAUAGCCUCACUUUGCGCCACAACCAGCAGGCACCGCCAUCUCUGUCUUUCACCAUGGCUCUCUCUUCCCUUCUCUCCAAACCUUGCAUUUCUCUCCUUUCCGCCAAACCCUCUCCCGACAACAAAAACAACAAAAUUUCACCAACUUCAUUCACUCUUUACAGUUCUCUCAAAACUAAACAAUCUCGCGUAACCAAACCAGCCACUCUAUCCAAAACCCACAAACUGUCGUGGCAGCAAGAACUCAAACUAGCAUUUCAACAACCAAAAAGCCAGAACUUACAAACAAACAAUGAUAGCAUCGAUUGCAACAUUGAUGAUAUUGAUGACGAGUCCUUUCAAAAAUUGGUUGACAAGAGAUGUGUAGACAAUGUAAGAAUGCUAAUAGUAGAUGCUGUUCAAAAUGCACAAGCAGGUCACCCUGGAAUGGCACUUGGGAUGGCUGAUAUUGGAUAUUAUUUAUACAGACAUGUUAUGAGGUAUAAUCCAAGAGACCCCAAGUGGUUUAACAGGGAUAGGUUUGUUUUGAGUGCUGGUCAUGGAUGUUUACUUCAGUAUGUUUGCCUUCAUCUUGCUGGGUUCGAAUCUGUUCAGCUAGAAGACCUGAAGCGCUUGUGUAAACUUGGGAGUCGCACCCCAGGUCACCCGGAGAAUACAGUAACAGAUGGGAUCGAAGUCACAACAGGCCCUCUUGGUCAGGGAGUCGCUAACGCGGUUGGUCUUGCCCUAGCGGAAGCUCACUUGGCUACUAGAUUCAAUAAGCCUGAUUGCGAUAUUGUUGACCAUCGGACAUACUGCAUCAUGGGAGAUGGGUGUGCCAUGGAGGGAAUAACGCAUGAAGCUGUAUCUUUGGCUGCGCAUUGGAAGCUCCACAAGCUCACAAUGAUUUACGAUGACAAUCAUAAUACCAUUGAUGGACCGAUUAGCCUGGCAUUUUCUGAAGAUAUAUCCGCUCGAUUCAAGGCUCUUGGUUGGAAUACAAUCACAGUGGAUAACACACAUGAUGAUAUGGAUUCAUUCAACGAUGCUCUUCUCUCUGCUUUUGGUGACACUGAAAAACCAACUUUCAUAAGAGUGAAAACUUUGAUAGGGAGAUUGUCUAGAAAGGAAGGGACAUCGAAAGCUCACCAUGGAACCUUUGAAGAAGAUGAUGUGAAGCAAAUGAGGCAGAAAGUUAAAUGGGAUAGUCGGGAGCCAUUCCAUGUCAUUCCUAUGGUCUAUAAGGAAAUGCAAGUUCAGACAGAUCACGGAGAAAAAUUGGAGAAAGAGUGGUUCUCUAAAUUCGACUAUUUCAAAACCAAUUAUCCUGAGGAGGCUGCAGAAUUUGAAGUUCUUCUUAGUGGUGGUCUGCCUCCUAACUGGGAAAGCUGCUUACCGGAGUGGUCUGUAACAGACCCAGUGGAUGCUACUCGCGGGUACUCCGAAAAGUGCUUGAAUCAACUUGUCAAGGUGCUUCCAGGACUGAUUGGUGGGAGUGCUGAUCUUGCUUCUUCUAACAAAGUCUAUCUCCAGGGGUCCCAAGACUUUCAGCAUAGCUCCUUCUAUGGUCGCAACAUUCGCUAUGGAGUACGAGAGCAUGCAAUGGCAGGAAUUUCAAAUGGAAUUGCAUUGCAUAAAAGUGGUCUAAUCCCUUUUGCAGCUACUUUCCUUAUGUUCUCAGACUACAUGAAAAACUCAAUCCGCCUUUCUGCCUUGAGCCAUGCAGGAGUAAUAUAUAUCAUGACUCAUGACUCUAUUGGUCUCGGGGAAGAUGGCCCAACUCACCAGCCAAUCGAACAGCUUGCUGGACUUAGAGCGGUACCACGGCUUCUAGUUUUCAGACCAGCAGAUGGAAAUGAAACUGCUGGUGCGUACAGAGAGGCUAUAACAAAUAGAGACGCACCUAGUGUCAUUGCAUUAUCAAGGCAAGAGGUGGCAGCAAACUUAGAAGGAACAUCAGCAAACGAAGUUGAAAAAGGAGGAUACAUUAUAAGUGACAAUUCUGGUAAAAGCUUGCCAGAUAUCAUAUUAAUCAGUACCGGUUCUGAACUAUGUCUUUGUGAAGAGAGUGCUAAGAUGCUAAGGAAAGAAGGGAGGAAAGUGAGGGUUGUUUCUCUUGUUUGCUGGCAACUUUUCAACAGGCAGCCAAAGGAGUAUAAGGAGCAUGUAUUGCCAUCGAGUGUUUCGAAGCGCAUUAGCGUCGAGGCUGGAUCCUCAAUGGGUUGGAGUGAGUAUGUAGGUAGAGAAGGUAUAGUUAUGGGCGUGGAAGAGUUUGGGGCUAGUGGAGCAUAUUUGGACACAUUUAAGAAGUUCGGUUUCACUGAAGAGAAUGUAACUAGGGUUGCCAAGUCAUUGCUUUCUCAGUAUUAGUACCAUAGAACAGAAGGUAUACAACUUCAGUUCUUCUUAGAAACACCAAGAAAGAUCUGAUAUUUCUCUUUGAAUUAAAUGAGGAGUUCGUGAGGAAAUAAGAAUGUUACAUGUUAAAGUGAAAAAAAUCCUGCCUUUAGAUCAUUUAGCUGUUA